UUCGGAGAUAACGCAUGCGCGGCCUUCACUCUUUUCUCGUCUUCGCACGAACGGUCACAGCUCACUACACACCCACCCAAACCAAGGAGCUGGCCGUCCGCCAUGGAGCUGCUCCUUUUCCCUUCUCGAGCCACCAUCACCGGCCGCCUCCUUCCAACCUGCCCCCUCCGCCGCGCCGGCGCGACCUCGUUCCGUCCACAGUCCAGCUCCGGCAACGUCGAGGCCACCACCGACACUACGGCGACGACAGCGUCCGUGGCCAAGAACCGCCAAGAAUGGCGCGCGGGCGGGACGACGUUCGGGCUGGGCCUGGACCUGUCCGAGGAGAUGAGGCGGGAGAUGCUGUGGCGGAUGCUGGUGCCGCCCGCGGCGGCGGUGGCGGCGGAGGCCGUGUUUCUGGCGGUGCUCAACAGCGGCGCGGCUGUGGUGGACGCGCCCGCGUGGGCCGGGAAAGCGGGCUCGGCGGUGCUGUUCGUGGCUGGGCUGCUCGGGUCCCAGUACGGGUUCUUCUCGUCGAGGUGGGGCGUCGGGGAGGAGGCGGGGUCCGUGGUCGGCUGGAAGCUCGCCGUCCGGCACUGGAGCGCGCUCUCCGUGGUCAGGGGUUCGUCAGUAGAAGAAGACCACGAUGAGGAGGAGGAGGACGACGACGAUGAGUGGGAGUACUACGACGAUGAUGAGGAGGAAGAAGAUGACUGACGACUAGGCAGAUGAGGUGAUAGGGAAAAGUUUGUAAGUU